AUGUACCUUGAAGAUCGAACUGUUCGUCUGCAGCUAUGGGAUACUGCUGGACAAGAAAGAUUCAGGAGUUUAAUCCCAAGUUACAUCAGAGAUUCUUCUGUUGCUGUAGUUGUUUAUGAUGUAGCCAAUAGGCUAUCAUUUCUCAACACAUCCAAGUGGAUGGAAGAAGUCCGCACUGAAAGAGCCGGUGAUGUUAUCAUUGUUCUUGUCGGAAACAAGACAGAUCUUGUCGAAAAAAGGCAAGUCUCGAUUGAGGAAGGAGAUAGCAAAGGUCGUGAAUAUGGAGUUAUGUUCAUUGAGACGAGCGCAAAAGCAGGAUUCAAUAUUAAGCUCUUGUUUCGCAAAAUCGCUGCAGCGUUACCGGGAGUGGAAUCAUAUUCAAACACGAAAACUGAGGAUAUGGUUGAUGUAAACCUGAAACCGACUUCGAAUUCAUCUCAAGGAGACCAGCAAGGUGGAGGUUGUUCGUGCUGA